AUGACACCGUAUCUUUCCCUGGAAUUGGUCUUUAGAACAUCUUUUACGUUUUCCACUUUACACCCCGAACCAACGACCUAUCUCAUCCAGCUCAAGAGCCUAAUCGAUCUACCGUCUAUUAUGGCUACCGAAAAACCCCUAUCCCAUAACGAUUACACUGUCGGGUGGAUAUGUGCCCUACCACUGGAGAUGGCAGCCGCGCAAGUGCUCCUAGAUGAAAUCCAUGAAGACUUGCCCGUGCAGCCGAAUGACCAUAAUGCCUAUACUCUUGGAAGCAUUGGGAAGCACAAUGUUGUGAUUGCAUGUUUGCCUUACGGUCAAUAUGGCAUUGCAUCUGCUACCACGGUUGCCAUGCAGUUAUUAUCCAGCUUCCGCUCUAUUCGAUUUGGUCUGAUGGUCGGAAUUGCAGGAGGGGUACCAAAUGAAGAUGUGGAUAUCCGCCUGGGUGAUGUUGUGGUCAGCAAGCCAACGAAUACACAUGGGGGAGUGGUGCACUUCGAUUCUGGUAAAGCGCUGAGUGGUGGCGAGUUUCAGCGAACAGGCAUGCUCAGCCCUCCACCUCAGGUCCUCGUGACUGCUCUUGCCAAACUGCAAGCAAAUCAUAUUACGGGCCAAAAACUAUUUAUGGAUUUUCUUGGCAAGAUCGAACAGAAAGUACCCCAGUCUUCUGAUUUGAUCCGCCCAACCCAGGGGGAUCAUUUAUAUCUUGCCGAUUAUACUCAUGUCGAUACCGGUUCUAAGACUUGUUGUGACUGUGAUAUGACCAAAACCGUUCCCCGACCUUCGAGGGAUCCAAAUCAGUCUAUAGUCCACUAUGGCCUGAUUGCAUCUUCGAAUCAAGUGGUGAAAGACAGUCAACUGCGGGAUCAGCUAGGUCAUGAAUUAGGGGCUUAUUGCGUGGAGAUGGAAGCUGCAGGAAUCAUGAAUAAUUAUCCGUGUCUGGUCAUUCGUGGAAUCUGCGACUAUGCGGACUCGCAUAAGAAUAAAAAAUGGCAAGGAUAUGCCGCGGCAGUGGCAGCAGCAUACGCCAAAGAGCUUCUAUCGGUGACCCCAGUCCUCCAUAUUGAUCAAACACGAACUGUGCGAGACACUCUGUCCGAUCCUGACCUGUCGAGGGUGACAGUUCCUUUCCAGCCUGAUCCACCCGUUGUGAUUAAUCAGAGUGAGCUGGGUGGAAUUUAUCUAGGCACGAUCAGAGGCGAAGAGAUAAUCCCGAGGCUAAUCCAAGAUCUUACCUUUUGGAGGAGAGAGAUCAAUGCUCUUAUAAAGCAACUACUCUCAAUGCACCCGCAUUGGUGGGUAGAUCGACCAACGGAGACAGUGAAGACUAUGAAUGAUUUCUUCGCUCGCAACAGGCUCACAUUUAGAGUGAAUAGUUCUUUCAGGCCGACUGACCGUCCAGAGUACUCAGAACAUGAUCGUCAGUACCUCAACACCAUUUUUCAUCAUAACCUAGGUCGAUAA